AGUAGAUGAGACUUCCUCUUUGUUCCUUGUCUCUCAUCUCGAGGAGCUUCUCUGAUAGGCUGUCUGCUAUCCCAGGAAGGCGGGCAGUGAGUGGCGCUGCGAUGCGAUUGGUACAGUUCUGCCUUAAAGGCGAUGAGGGAAGGGUCAGGGUUGGUGUGGAGCAGGGGGAGGGGCUAGGGGUCGUUGACCUUAAGGCCUUUGACCCUUCGAUGCCCACAACCAUGAAAGAGCUGCUGGAGCUGGGAGAGAAGGGCAUGGAGUGUGCACAGAGAGCACUGGAGGCUAGUCCUGCUCAGUGUGUGGUUCCCCGUGUGGAGGUGAGGCUGCUGUCCCCAGUCCUAGCACCAGAGAAGGUGGUGUGUGUGGGGAUGAACUACCGGGACCACUGCCUGGAGCAGGAAGACCUUAUCCCUAAAGAACCAAUCAUCUUCAGCAAGAUCUUGCAACUUUGUCGAUGGAUUCUCUUCUCUGCUUCUCUCUGAUUGGAGGAGGUGGACUGGGAGGUGGAGCUAGCCUUUGUGAUUGGACGAAAGGGGAAACACAUUAAGGAAGAGGAUGCUAUGUCCUAGGUGGCAGGUUUCACCGUGGCCAACGAUGUCAGCGCACGUGAUUGGCAGAUGAAACGCAACGGGAAGCAGUGGCUGCUGGGAAAAACCUUUGACAGCUUCUGUCCUCUCGGCCCCGCCUUAGUGACCACCUCUGCUGUGAAGGACCCCCAUAAUCUGGGUAUCCGCUGUCUGGUGAACGAUGUUCCAGUCCAGAACAGCAACACUGACCAGCUGAUCUUUAAGACUGAGCAAGUGGUUGCUUGGGUCUCAUAUUUUAUGACGUUGUCUCCAGGUGACGUGUUUCCAACGGGGACUCCUCCAGGUGUGGGCGUGUUCAGGAACCCACCUGUCUUCCUCAAGAGACGUGACGUGGUUGAGGGUCAGAUAGACCAGCUGGGGGUCAUACGCAACAAUGUUGUCUGACCUAUGACCCCUGACGCAGCCAGCCCAUUGGACAGCUCUCUCUUCAAUCAACCAAUCAUUAUGAUUGAUUGAUUCAGCUCUCUUUUGGACCGAAGUGGCAUUAUUCUAGUGUACUGUAAAUCAGGUCUCAACUCAUGUU